AUGGCUGACAGAUUUCCUGCUUUAGACCCAAAUGAAGAUAUACAAAACCAAUCGACUACUCCAGUAGACACUCAUGACGAAACUGACUUCUUAAAAAGAGAAGCUGAAGUCCUUGGCGAUGAAUUUAAGACUGAACAAGAUGCUGAUCUAUUAAGUGAUAGCAUCAAUAAUAAUCGGGAAGAAGAAGAAGAAGAAGGGGAAGAGGAAUUUGAUGAAUUUACUUCUAAUAAUGACAACAUAAACAAUGACACUACUGCUAAUGAAGCAUCUGUGAUUCAGGAACCAAAUAAUCAUGAUAAUUUAAUAAAGGACAAUACGCUACCCAACUCGGAUGAAACCAAUUCAAAAGUUAACGAAAAUGCUGAAAAAAUUAUUGCUGAAUGGAAAUUAACUCGUGGGUCUGAAAUUUCUGAGAGAGAUGAAAGAGAAUUAAAGGAGAAAAAUGAUUUACAAAAUGAAGCAAUCACUUAUAUAGAUCAGUUUUAUGAAAAUUAUAAUAAAAAGAAACAAGAAGGUAUUAAAGCCACACAAACUGCUGCAAAGGAAUUCUUGGCCAAAAGAGACCAAUUCUUUCAACAAGAAGGCACUACAACAUGGGAUCGUGCAUUGCAGUUGAUUAACGAAGACGAUGCGGCUGUUGUAAAUGGUAGAGACAGAAGUAAGUUUAAAGAAAUUUUACAAAGAUUGAAAGGUAAGGCAAAUGUUCCUGGUGCAUAA